GCCACUCCGGACUUUGCGGCAGAGGCGCGCGCUUCGAGAGCCGCCAACUUUCGACUCUUCCCUCCACGGCUGUCGAGCCUGGCCUCUCGCUCUCCUGGCUUCCUGUCCGGCCUCGAGUGACUGGGAGGGCCUUGGAGCCCCUGGCUCCGCCUGCACCACAUGACUUCUCCGUUGCCUGCAAACUUUUUCCUCCUUCUCGUCCCGUAGCGGCUGCUGCUACCAAGGCUGGAAAAUGGCGGCUUCUUAGGCGCGCAUCCCUGUUUUGGCUGUCGCCCGUGCCAACCUCCCGUGCGCCAUGACGCGUUGGGUGCCCACCAAGCGGGAAGAGAAAUACGGCGUGGCUUUCUACAACUAUGAUGCCAGGGGGCCAGAUGAACUUUCUUUACAGAUAGGAGACACGGUGCACAUAUUGGAAACACAUGAAGGUUGGUACAGAGGCUACACUUUAAGGAAAAAAUCCAAAAAAGGCAUAUUUCCUGCUUCCUAUAUUCAGCUUAAAGAAGCAAUAGUAGAAGGAAAAGGGCAGCAUGAAACUGUCAUACCUAGUGAAUUACCACUCAUUCAGGAAGUUACCACAACACUACGGGAAUGGUCCACAAUAUGGCGGCAGCUCUAUGUUCAAGACAACAGAGAAAUGUUCCAUAAUGUGAGGCACAUGAUAUAUAAUCUAAUUGAAUGGCGAUCACAAAUCCUUUCUGGAACUUUACCCCAGGAUGAGCUGAAGGAACUGAAAAAGAAAGUCACUGCCAAGAUUGACUACGGAAACAGAAUUCUUGAUUUGGAUCUUGUGGUAAGAGAUGAAGAUGGCAACAUUCUAGAUCCAGAACAAACCAGCACCAUUAGCCUUUUCAGAGCUCAUGAAGUAGCCUCCAAACAAGUGGAAGAAAGACUGCUGGAAGAAAAAUCUCAAAAGCAGAAUCUUGACAUUAGUAGACAAGCAAAGUUCGCUGCAACACCUUCCUUUGCUUUGUUUGUAAACCUAAAAAAUGUUGUCUGUAAAAUUGGAGAAGAUGCUGAAGUCCUUAUGUCUUUGUAUGAUCCUUUGGAAUACAAGUUUAUCAGUGAAAACUAUCUGGUCAGGUGGUCAAGUUCUGGGCUACCAAAAGACAUAGACAGGUUACACAAUCUUCGAGCAGUUUUCACAGACCUUGGCAGCAAAGACCUGAAAAGAGAGAAAAUCAGUUUUGUCUGUCAGAUUGUACGAGUAGGCAGAAUGGAACUAAGAGACAACAACACAAGAAAACUAACCUCCGGCCUUCGGCGACCUUUUGGCGUGGCAGUAAUGGAUGUAACUGACAUAAUUAAUGGGAAAGUAGAUGAUGAGGACAAGCAACACUUCAUUCCAUUUCAGUCGGUGGCAGGGGAGAAUGAUUUCCUUCAGACUGUAAUAAACAAAGUGAUUGCUGCUAAAGAAGUUAACCACAAGGGUCAGGGUUUAUGGGUGACAUUGAAACUCCUUCCAGGAGAUAUUCACCAGAUAAGAAAAGAAUUUCCUCAUCUAGUUGAUAGAUCAACAGCUGUGGCUCGGAAAAUGGGGUUUCCUGAGAUUAUUAUGCCUGGUGAUGUCCGUAAUGAUAUCUAUGUUACGUUAGUCCAAGGAGACUUUGACAAAGGAAGCAAAACUACUGCAAAAAAUGUAGAGGUUACAGUAUCUGUUUAUGAUGAAGAUGGCAAAAGAUUAGAGAAUGUGAUAUUCCCGGGUGCUGGAGAUGAAGCACUUUCAGAAUAUAAGUCUGUGAUAUAUUACCAAGUAAAACAACCUCGCUGGUUUGAAACUGUGAAGGUUGCAAUUCCCAUUGAAGAUGUAAACCGCAGCCACUUGAGGUUUACAUUUCGACACAGGUCAUCACAAGACUCUAAGGAUAAGUCUGAGAAAAUAUUUGCUUUGGCAUUUGUUAAAUUGAUGAGAUAUGAUGGCACAACUCUGCGGGAUGGAGAGCAUGAUCUCAUAGUAUACAAGGCAGAGGUGAAGAAGUUAGAAGAUUCUUCAACAUAUUUAAGCUUGCCAUCCACUAAAAUAGAAUUGGAAGAAAAAGGUCACUCCACAGCUGGCAAGAGCAUGCAGAAUCUUGGAAGCUGCACCAUCAGUAAAGAUUCUUUCCAGAUUUCCACUCUAGUUUGUUCAACAAAACUAACUCAAAAUGUGGACCUGCUGGGGCUUUUGAAGUGGCGAUCUAACACAAGUCUGCUGCAGCAGAAUCUGAGGCAACUUAUGAAGGUUGAUGGAGGUGAAGUUGUUAAGUUUCUCCAAGAUACUCUUGAUGCACUGUUUAACAUCAUGAUGGAGAAUUCAGAGAGUGAAACUUUUGACACAUUGGUGUUUGAUGCUUUGGUAUUCAUCAUUGGAUUGAUUGCUGACCGGAAAUUCCAGCAUUUUAAUCCUGUUUUGGAAACCUACAUUAAGAAACAUUUCAGUGCUACCUUGGCAUACACAAAGCUGACAAAAGUUUUAAGAACCUAUGUGGAUAACGCUGGUGUCACUGAUCAACUAUUCAAAGCUAUGAAAUCUUUGGAAUAUAUCUUCAAAUUUAUUGUACGGUCAAGAAUUUUGUUCAACCAACUGUAUGAAAACAAAGGAGAAGCUGACUUUAAGGAGUCUUUGCUUCAGCUCUUUAAAUCUAUCAAUGAGAUGAUGAGUAGUGUGUCUGAUCAGACUGUUAUAGUGAAGGGAGCUGCACUUAAAUAUUUGCCUACUAUUGUGAAUGAUGUGAAACUUGUGUUUGAUCCAAAAGAACUUAGCAAACUAUUUACAGAUUUUAUACUGAAUGUUCCAGUGGGUCGUCUCACAAUUCAGAAGCUGUACUGUUUGAUUGAAAUAGUUCACACUGACCUUUUCACACAGCAUGACUGCAGAGAGAUUUUGCUGCCAAUGAUGACAGAUCAGCUGAAGUAUCAUCUGGAAAGGCAGGAAGACCUGGAAGCUUGUUGCCAGUUGCUCAGUAACAUCCUGGAAGUUCUUUAUAGGAACGAUGUGGGGCCUACGCAGCGACAUGUGCAGAUUAUUAUGGAGAAACUAUUGAGGACAGUAAACAGAACCGUCAUCUCAAUGGGACGUGAUUCAGAACUCAUAGGGAAUUUUGUUGCAAGCAUGACAGCUAUUUUAAGACAAAUGGAAGAUUAUCAUUAUGCUCAUUUAAUUAAGACCUUUGGGAAGAUGAGAUCUGAUGUUGUGGACUUCUUGAUGGAGACAUUUAUUAUGUUCAAGAAUCUCAUUGGGAAGAAUGUGUAUCCUUCAGACUGGGUUAUAAUGAACAUGAUGCAGAAUAAAGUCUUUCUGCGAGCAAUUAAUCAGUAUGCAGAUAUGCUAAACAAAAAAUUUCUUGAUCAGGCCAACUUUGAGCUACAGCUUUGGAAUAACUAUUUCCACCUUGCUGUUGCUUUUCUUACCCAAGAAUCACUACAACUUGAGAACUUUUCAAGUGCUAAAAGAGCUAAAAUACUUAACAAGUAUGGUGAUAUGAGGAGACAAAUUGGGUUUGAGAUCCGAGACAUGUGGUAUAACCUGGGCCAACAUAAGAUUAAAUUCAUUCCUGAGAUGGUGGGCCCCAUGUUAGAAAUGACACUGAUCCCUGAAACUGAACUUAGAAAAGCUACUGUUCCAAUCUUCUUUGAUAUGAUGCAGUGUGAGUUUCAUUCUACCCGGAGCUUCCAGAUGUUUGAAAAUGAAAUCAUCACAAAGCUGGAUCAUGAAGUAGAAGGAGGCCGAGGAGAUGAACAGUAUAAAGUGUUGUUUGAAAAAAUUCUCCUGGAGCAUUGCAGAAAACAUAAGUACCUUGCCAAAAGCGGUGAAACUUUUGUUAAACUUGUGGUUCGUUUGAUGGAGAGACUUCUGGAUUACAGAACUAUUAUGCAUGAUGAAAACAAAGAGAAUCGUAUGAGCUGUACCGUCAAUGUGCUGAAUUUCUACAAAGAGAUUGAAAGAGAAGAAAUGUACAUAAGGUAUUUGUACAAGCUUUGUGACCUGCACAAAGAAUGUGAUAACUACACUGAAGCUGCCUACACAUUACUUCUGCAUGCAAAGCUUCUUAAGUGGUCUGAAGAGCCAUGUGCCGCACAUCUUACUCAGCGGGAUGGAUACCAGGCAGCAACACAAGGACAACUGAAAGAUCAGCUGUAUCAAGAAAUUAUCCAUUAUUUUGACAAGGGCAAGAUGUGGGAAGAAGCUAUUGCCUUGGGCAAAGAACUUGCUGAACAGUACGAGAAUGAAAUGUUUGAUUAUGAACAACUCAGUGAACUACUGAAAAAGCAAGCACAGUUUUAUGAAAAUAUUGUGAAAGUAAUCAGACCCAAACCAGAUUAUUUUGCUGUUGGAUACUAUGCACAAGGAUUUCCUACAUUUCUUCGGAACAAAGUUUUUAUUUAUCGAGGAAAAGAAUAUGAGCGUCGUGAAGAUUUUGAGGCGAGAUUGUUAACCCAGUUUCCUAAUGCUGAAAAAAUGAAGACAACAUCAGCCCCAGGCGAAGACAUUAAAAAUUCCUCUGGACAGUAUGUUCAGUGCUUCACUGUAAAACCAAAACUUGAUUUACCAACAAAGUUUCACAAGCCAGUAUCAGAACAAAUUUUAAGUUUCUACAGGGUUAAUGAGGUUCAGCGAUUUGAGUAUUCACGACCAAUUCGAAAAGGAGAGAAAAACCCUGACAAUGAAUUUGCGAAUAUGUGGAUUGAGAGAACCAUUUACGUGACGGGAUAUAAAUUACCUGGAAUUUUAAGAUGGUUUGAAGUCAAAUCAGUUUUUAUGGUUGAAAUCAGCCCACUGGAAAAUGCAAUAGAAACCAUGCACUUAACAAAUGAUAAAAUCAACAAUAUGGUUCAGCAACAUUUAAAUGAUCCAAAUCUGCCAAUUAAUCCUCUGUCUAUGCUUUUAAAUGGCAUUGUGGAUCCUGCAGUUAUGGGUGGCUUCACCAAUUAUGAAAAGGCUUUUUUUGCCGAGAAGUACAUCCAUGACCACCCAGAAGAUCAUGAAAAGAUUGAAAAACUUAAGGACUUAAUAGCAUGGCAGAUUCCUUUCCUGACUGAAGGUAUCCGAAUUCAUGGAGAGAAAGUAACAGAAGCACUUAGGCCAUUUCAUGAGAGGAUGGAAGCCUGUUUCUGCCAACUUGAAGAAAAAGUGCCGGAGAAGCAAUAUGCAGUGGAGGAGUCUCCCUCCAGUGUGGAUGACAGACGAGGCAGUCGUCCAAGAUCCAUGGUUAGAUCAUUUACAAUGCCCUCUUCCUCAAGGCCACUGUCUAUUGCAUCUGUUUCCUCACUUUCAUCUGACAGCACCCCUUCUAGACCUGGCUCCGAUGGGUUUGUGCUUGAGCCCCUUCUGCCAAAGAAAAUGCAUUCUAGAUCACAAGAUAAGUUGGACAAAGAUGACCCAGAUAAGGAGAAGAAGGAGAAGAAGAAAGAAAAGAGAAACAGCAAGCACCAAGAGAUAUUUGAGAAAGACUUUAAAUCCACAGAUAUUUCUCUGCAACAGUCUGAAGCAGUGAUACUUUCAGAAACGAUCAGUCCUCUGAGACCACAAAGACCAAAGAGUCAAGUGAUUAAUGUCAUGGGAAGUGAAAAACGUUUUUCUGUUUCACCAUCACCACCUUCUCAGCCUAUCCCUCCACCCAUCACUCCAAGGACCAAGCUUUCUUUCAGUUUGCAGUCCAAUCCAGAACUAAACGGCAUGAAUACUGUGGAAAUGACAGACAUUCCUCCUCCAUUACCUGUGAAAGGCAGUGUGGCAGAUUAUGGAUGCCUCAUGGACAGCCAAGAAACGGUUAGCCCUGCUACAUCCCCACCUGUACCACAGAGGCAACUACCACCUCCAUUACCAAGCAAAACACCUCCGCCACCUCCUCCAAAGACUACUCGGAAGCAAGCCUCUGUGGAUUCUGGAAUUGUCCAGUGACACAAGAAAGGAUACCUCCAAAGACUAAGCUGUAAAAUUUCUUUUUCCUUAAGAUGUUUAAAGAUGUACACUGUGUUUACACCACUCAGCCCCUGCAGCAUCUAACGUUUAGUAUAAUAGUCCUUACUUUCAGAAUGAUGGCAUUUCCAAGUAAGGUUUCAGAAUUAUGGGGGCGGGAAACCCACUCAACUUUCCAAAACAGAAGUAUGCUGUUAAUUGGCAACAUAUUAUUUACCAUUUUUUAAAUGUUAAAAUGGUUGACUUCUAGAAGCUAGGACUAUUUAUAAUUUAGAAGUAGCAUCAUGGCAGAUCACAGAGUAGGCCACUCCACCACUGAAUUGGCACAUACAAGCCUUAUGAAAUAAAUUGGCCGAAUACCAGGAGUGCAGAUUUAGUAUCAUUAUUUUGUAAACUUUGGUGUCAAGGAAUUAGUGAAGUGAAAACAUUUGUGAAGAGUGUCUUUAAUUGCAUUGGGCGAUUAAUGUUGGCGUUUCAUGGGUUGAUUGCUUUUUAAAGUUGAAUUAUACCUGAAUGGGGAUCCAGCUAACAGCGGAACCUGAGUUUGCUUGUAAUUAGCAUAUUGUAGGCUACUGGGCAGGCAUUAAUUUAUGAUGAAUGCAAAUACAGAAGUAUUGAUCAUUUGAAAGGAAUAAAUAAAAUAGGAAUAGGGGAAGCCAUUUUGGAACAAAAUGCAAACAACAUUUUUCGUGGGGUUGAUUACAGUUGUGUCAUUCUGUACAGACAGUUUGUAUAUAUGAUAGGUCUUAACAAUGUGUUUAAUUUCACUGUGCCUGCUUUUAAAGUAAUAAUGGUGCAAUGUAACUAGAAAUAUGUUACAGCCUUUUAAAUUCUGGUAACUGCUGAAAAUGUAUAAAUGGCUAACUCAUACGCUAUUUCCACUAAUAGAACUCUGAAAAUAUUGGGUAAUUAUGAGGAAAACCAGAAAACUAAUUUUUUUUAAAUGUCACUGUACUUUUUUUACCAUCAACAAACUUUGUAACUUUAACAAUAGAUCGAAUAUUCUGACUCCAGAAAUAAAUAAUUAUUUUAAAAUA